AUGGAGAGCAUACGGCCUGCCGCUCCACUCCGGAGCAUCAUCCUGUUUCUUGCCUUCUGCCAAACAUCUCUGCAAGGAGGAGUUCCUGGCGCUGGACUAGGAGGCCAGUUUUAUCCAGGUGCAGGUGCUUAUCCAGGUGCAGGUGCUUAUGCAGGAGUAUACCCUGGUGGCAAACCUUCCAAACCAGGUGGUGGUGGUGCUGGAGCAUUAGGUGUUGGUGCAGGAGGACUUGGGGGAAUAGGAGUUGGUGGCCUUGGAGCUGGUGGCCUUGGAGCUGGUGGCCUUGGAGGUGGUGGAAAGCCUAGUAAAGCAGGUGACCCUGGGGCUCAGGAGGUAGAAGCAGAGGCAGAAAGUGCCCAGGAAGGUAUGACUGAUGCGUUGGCUAUGUGCAGAUUACUUAGCUAUAACCACAUAGCAGAGGAGCAAAGUUUUCCAGCAAUCAUAACUAUCCGAGUUCCUUUGCUACUAAAAAGUUCACUAAUUACACUGUCCUUGCCCAAAGGUGCAGAAUUUGCUCAGCCUGGUGCUGGAGGCAAACCAGGAUAUCCAGGUGGAGUAGGAGCUCAGCCUGGUGCUGGAGGCAAACCAGGAUUUCCAGGUGGAGUAGGAGUUGAGGCUGGUGCUGGAGCCAAACCAGGAUUUCCAGGUGGAGUAGGAGUUCAGCCUGGUGUUGAAGGCAAACCAGGAGUUCCAGGUGCAGAAUUUGCUCAGCCUGGUGCUGGAGGCAAACCAGGAUAUCCAGGUGGAGUAGGAGCUCAGCCUGGUGCUGGAGGCAAACCAGGAUUUCCAGGUGGAGUAGGAGUUGAGGCUGGUGCUGGAGCCAAACCAGGAUUUCCAGGUGGAGUAGGAGUUCAGCCUGGUGUUGAAGGCAAACCAGGAGUUCCAGGUGCAGAAUUUGCUCAGCCUGGUGCUGGAGGCAAACCAGGAUAUCCAGGUGGAGUAGGAGCUCAGCCUGGUGCUGGAGGCAAACCAGGAUUUCCAGGUGGAGUAGGAGUUGAGGCUGGUGCUGGAGCCAAACCAGGAUUUCCAGGUGGGGUAGGAGUUCAGCCUGGUGCUGGAGGCAAACCAGGAAAAGCUACAGGUGGAGUUCCUGGGGCAUAUCCCGGUGCUGGAUUACCAGGUGCCGGAGUUGUGCCUGGAGUCACCACAGGAGCGGUAUUGCCACAACCAGGAGCAGCAGGGAAAGCAGGGAAGUUGCCAGGUGCAGGUGUUCCUGGUGUCUAUCCUGGUGGAGUUGUUCCAGGAACAGGAGGACGAUUCCCAGGAGUUGGUGUCCUUCCUGGAGUAGCCACUGGGAAUGGAGUCUACCAAAAAGCACCAGGUGGUGGAGCAUUUUCUGGAAUUCCAGGUUUUGGAGGAUUUGGUGGGCAGCAGCCAGGUGUGCCUCUUGGAUAUCCAAUUAAGUCUCCAAAACCUCAAGGUGGACAUGAACUUCCAUACACAGCAGGAAAGCCUGGAAACGGGGGUUAUGGACCUUCUGGUGUAGGGGGUGCUGGGAAGGCUGGAUACCCCACAGGAAAUGGGGUUGGCACCAUGUCAGCAGGACAGCAAGCUGCAGGGAAAGCAGGCAAAUAUGGAGCUGGAGGUAUUCCUGGAGCUGUUCCUGGUACUGGUGGAGUGCCUGGUGGUGUUCCAGGUUUAACACCUGGUCUGGUACCUGGUGCUGGAGUUCCUGGAGCAGGCAUUCCACAGCCUGGUGCCAAGCCCUCUAAAUAUGGAGGCGUGCCUGGAGCAGGGGUUAUGCCUGGAGCAGGGGUUGGACCUGGAGUUGGAGGUUUGCCUGGCGUUGGUGGCAAGCCUGGCGUUGGUGGUCUUCCGGGGCCAACUAUUAGUGAUUUGGGAGGCAAACCCCAGAAAACAGGAGCUGGUUAUGGAGCCGGGGGUAUUCCUUCAGGAGUUGGUGUUGGUGCUGGUAUUCCAGGUGCAGGAACAUACCCAGCAGGAGGCAAACCAGGCUAUGGAGCAGGAGCUGGAUUAAUACCUGGAGGCGGAAUAACACGAGGAGCAGGACUGGGAGCAGGAACAGGAGCAGGCUUGUACCCUGGAGGCAAAGCACCUAAGCCAGGUUAUGGAUUGCCUGGAGGUGCAUUAACACCUGGAGCUGGACUAGUACCUGGAGCUGGACUAGUACCUGGAGCUGCAACAGGAGCAGGUGCAUACCCAGGGGGAAAACCACAAAAACCAGGUUAUGGAGCUGGAUCAGUACCUGGUGCUGGUGCCGUGCUACCUGGAGGAAUUGGAGCAGGAGUUUCACCAGGGGGCGUUGGUAAUGGAGGCUUGUAUCCAGGAGCUGGAGGAAAACCAUCUAAACAAGGUUAUGGAGCUGGAGCGGUACCUGGUGCUGGUGCAGUGCAACCUGGAGGAAUUGGAGCAGGAGUUUCACCAGGGGGCAUUGGGAAUGGAGGCUUGUAUCCAGGAGCUGGAGGCAAAGCAUCUAAACCAGGUUAUGGAGCUGGAGCGGUACCUGGUGCUGGUGCAGUGCAACCUGGAGGAAUUGGAGCAGGAGUUUCACCAGGGGGCGUUGGAAAUGGAGGCUUGUAUCCAGGAGCUGGAGGCAAAGCACCUAAACCAGGUUAUGGAGCUGGUGCAGUACAACCUGGAGGAAAUGGUGCAGGAGUGGCACCAGGGGGCAUACCAAAUGGUGGCUUGUAUCCAGGAGCUGGAGGCAUACCAUCUAAAUCAGGUUAUGGGCUGGGAGCUGGGGCUGGAGUACAAAAUGGAAGAAUUGGAGCAGGAGUGCCAACAGUGGGAAAUGGAGGCUUGUAUCCAGGAGCAGGAGGCAAAGCACCUAAACCCGGUUAUGGACCUGGAGCUGGUGUAGGGCCUGGAGCUGGAGUGCAACCUGGAGCAGGAGUGUCACCAGGGGGCGUUAGUGCUGGGGGCUUGUAUCCAGGAGCAGGAGGCAAACCAUCAAAAUCAGGCUAUGGAGCUGGAGUGCAACCUGGAGGAAUUGGAGCAGGAGUAGCACCAGGGGGAUUUGGAAAUGGGGGAGGAAUAGCAUCUAAACCAGGUUAUGGACCCGGAGCUGGUGUAGGGCCUGGGGCUGGAGUACAACGUGGAGGAAAUGGAGCAGGAGUAGCACCAGGAGGAUUCGGAAAUGGGGGAGGCAAAGCAACUAAACCAGGUUAUGGACCCGGAGCUGGUGUAGGGCCUGGGGCUGGAGUACAACCUGGAGGAAAUGGAGCAGGAGUGGCACCAGGGGGAUUCGGAAAUGGGGGAGGCAAAGCAACUAAACCAGGUUAUGGACCCGGAGCUGGUGUAGGGCCUGGAGGAAAUGGAGCAGGAGUGGCACCAGGGGGAUUCGGAAAUGGGGGAGGCAAAGCACCUAAACCAGGCUAUGGACCCGGAGCUGGUUUAGGCCCUGGAGCUGGAGUACAACCUGGAGGAAAUGGAGCAGGAGUGGCACCGGGAGGAGUCAGAAAUGGGGGAGGCAAAGCAACUAAACCAGGUUAUGGACCCGGAGCUGGUGUAGGCCCUGGGGCUGGAGUGCAACCUGGAGGAAAUGGAGCAGGAGUGGCACCAGGGGGAGUUGGAAAUGGGGGGUUGUAUCCAGGAGCAGGAGGCAAACCACCCAAGCCAGGUUAUGGAAAUGGUUUUGGAAAUGGUUUAGGACUUGGUGCAGGUGGUCAAGGAGCUCAGAAACCAUCUAAUUCUUACUACAGAGGUGGUAGCCAAUGUGGCCAAGGAAAGUACUGUGGCAGACGGAGAAAAUAAGCAGCCAAGAGCUACGAGUAACCUCAUCAACUAUGGUGCUACUGCAUGGUGUGAAUGUAAAAGGAUUCAAGAAUCCCCUCUGUAUUUCCAUCCCCACAUUCCUUCCCCAGCCCUUAUUUUGUCCAUUUAGCACCCAUCUCUCUGAACAUGGAGUCAGGCAGCUACACAUACUGUAAUAUAGGGAAGCCUGCAAUCUGACACUUAUAUACAUGCACACAUAAUACUAUAUAUAUAUUACACAUUCAGCAAUGCAAGGCUGUGUAGUGUGUGCAUGCCCAUAGGCAUGUGCAACGCAAUACACGGCAUCUCCUAAUGCCCAAAGAGGAGAAUAUACAGGAACAUGCAAACUUGUACACUUUUAAUAAACAAGAAUAUACUCAGACAUUCACUAGAAUGGACAUGCAUGCACUAUAAAUAUACAGAUUACACAUACACAGUGGGGCUGGGAGGAUGGGGCCAGUAUUGUGUUUGCUUGUGACUGGGGCAGCAAGAGUAGAUGGCUUGCCCAUUUCAGGGGUAAGUGUUAUACAGAGUGCAGAACCUCUUGGGAAGUAGCAUUUUCAGUCUCCAUUCUACCUUGUGACUAGUGAUGGGCAAAUAUGACCCAAAUUGUUUUUCACGUGCAACAACAUUUUGUACUCAUUGAUAAGCAACUUUUUUGCAGCAAAACCUGGCAAAAAAAUUCACUACUUGGCCAUAACACCAAAAAAAAACUGAAUGGAAAUUGGGCAUGUUGCUCCCCUAAGAGUUACUCAAGUCACCAGUUCUGUUCCAGUACUGUUUCAUUGCUGAGUGGACUGGUGGGUUAUCAGCUCUGCCUAUGUAUAUAACAUGAGACAUGUGCCAGUUUAAACCAUUUGCAUCCCAGUCAAAAAGCUCCCAACCUGCCUCAUCCAAGAGAAGGAGCAGGAGGAUUUUUAUCCUUCCUCUCUGUCAGCACUUCCAACAAAGUGUAAACGAUUUAAUCAGUUGUCUUCCUGCUCCUGCUUCAUUCACCAUCAUGGCCCAUGAUUUUGUAACUUAUAUGUGGAAUGAUGCAAUUUGCCUGCGACUGUACGAAUCUGUAUUAUUUUUUAUUAUAUUUGUAUUAAAGCGUGUGACUUCUCUCUCUUCGAUGGGGGAGGGUGAGAGAAGAAUUUUCCAAUGCAUCAUCUUGUUUUUUUUACAUUUGCUAUGAAAAUAGGAACGAUAUCCUUAACUUUUUGUCUGCCACAAGACACAGACUAUUGCUGCUUUUACAGCUGUGCUAUUCUCUGCUGGAAUAUUGAGACUGAGGGUGCUAUCCUAUUAUUGUUAGCAGGACCAACGAUUAAGAGUCGGGCCUUGUGGCAGUUAGAGGUGAGAUGAGAAUACAGAGUAAAUGAGCCAAGAGAGGUGGGGCCAAGUGGUUAUGUGCCAUUUUUGCAAUAUAUUCUAUACCAAAGUGAGACUUUGAGCAGAGUGCGGUCUCUCCCCCUCUUUCUCAGGCUGUCUUCCCGCGCUCUUUCUUCUCUGCUGACCCCUCAGAACCCCAAGAAAGCACAGACAUAUUCUGGAGACAAUCCCCCUGCUGUAUAUGUGGGUGUGGGGUGUGGGGUGUGUGAUGCGUGAAUCCCUAACUUACUGACCACCCUCUCACCUCCCUCCUCACAGUGUAUACCCUGUGUUACCGCCUCCAAAGGAAAAUAAUUAAAACCUUUUUUUUUUGUAAAGAUAAUACUGAAAAAAGUAAUUUUGCUUAAAAUG